UUUAAAGCAUGAGAAAACUGAUCGUACGGUGAUGUCUGCUGCUGCUUUUAUGGGUUUGACUCAUGGCUUGAGUUUUCUAUAUGGGUGAGAUGUAAAUGCCUCUGUUAACACUUACACUCCCCACCACAAUAAAACAAGAUAUUGGUAAAUAUAUAUGUAUUGCAAACAAAGGCCUGCUUCUUUCUUUUGGCACCAGAAUGUAUUUGUGUUUUCACAAACUACUCUAAAUUGUGUUCAAUAUCUUAGCUCUUUCUUCUCCAACUCUUGUGUAUUCAGUUUCACUCUCUUGUGUUAUUCCCAGUUUUGUUGUUUAUUUAUUUUUUUUUUAAUCACACAACAUAGAGCUGAUAAAGCAGAUGAUGAGGAUGAUGAAGAUCUAAUGGUGAAUAAAACAUGGGUCCUUGCACCAAAGAUUCAUGGUGGUGAUGUAACUCACAUACUGGACUCCUUACUUCAAGGAUAUGACAAUAAGCUUCGGCCAGAUAUUGGGGUGAGAACUACGGUAAUUGAAACAGAUGUCUACGUUAACAGCAUUGGUCCAGUUGACCCAAUCAAUAUGGAAUACACUAUAGAUAUAAUUUUUGCCCAGACGUGGUAUGACAGUCGUCUAAAAUUUAACAGCUCAAUGAAGGUGCUUAUGCUUAAUAGCAAUAUGGUUGGAAAAAUUUGGAUUCCAGACACUUUCUUCCGGAACUCAAGGAAAUCUGAUGCUCACUGGAUUACAACUCCAAAUCGUUUGCUUCGAAUCUGGAGUGAUGGAAGAGUAUUAUACACUCUAAGGUUGACAAUUAAUGCUGAAUGUUAUCUUCAGCUUCAUAACUUUCCUAUGGAUGAACACUCCUGUCCUCUGGAGUUUUCAAGCUAUGGGUAUCCCAGAAAUGAAAUUGAAUAUAAAUGGAAGAAAACCUCUGUUGAAGUGGCAGAUCCAAAAUACUGGAGAUUGUAUCAGUUUGCAUUUGUAGGGCUACGAAAUACAACUGAAAUUUCUCAUACUUUGUCUGGUGAUUAUAUUAUUAUGACAAUAUUCUUUGAUCUCAGCAGACGUAUGGGAUAUUUUACUAUUCAGACAUACAUUCCUUGUAUACUCACAGUUGUUCUUUCAUGGGUGUCAUUUUGGAUCAAUAAGGAUGCAGUUCCUGCCAGGACUUCUCUGGGGAUCACAACGGUGCUGACCAUGACAACACUGAGUACAAUUGCUAGGAAGUCACUCCCAAAGGUGUCCUACGUGACAGCAAUGGACCUUUUUGUCUCGGUUUGCUUUAUUUUUGUGUUUGCUGCCUUGAUGGAAUAUGGCACCUUACAUUACUUUACCAGCAGCAGAAAAGGGGACAAAGGAAAAGAGAAGAAGGCAAAAUCUAAGCCAUCAGUAAGUUUAAAACCAUCUGCAAUUGCUGUUCGACCUGGAUCAACACUAAUUCCAAUUAAUAACAUUAAUCAUCUCCCUGAACGUGAUGAUGAUUAUGGAUAUGAGUGCCUAGAAGGAAAAGACUGUGCUAGUUUCUUUUGUUGUUUUGAAGACUGCCGCACAGGAUCUUGGCGAGAAGGAAGAAUACACAUCCGAAUAGCAAAAAUUGACUCCUAUUCUCGAAUCUUCUUUCCAACUGCCUUUGCAUUGUUCAAUCUUGUUUACUGGAUUGGCUAUCUUUACCUGUAA